AUGGCUGAAACAUUUCGCACAAUCAUAUCGCAAAAUGGUAGAAUUAUGUGCUUUCGUUGGCAGAAAGAUUCGUUCUAUUUAUUAUGGGUAAAAACAGAAUUCAAUCCGAUUAUUUUCAAGUUAGGACGCAUUGAAAAAAUAGCAAAGUUAGCCAAUAUUUUUGGACAUUAUCGACGCCAAUAUCAAGCUGCCGCAUGUUUAUAUUAUGAAGCAGAUUUUCGCUUCUCUACACGACAAAUGGCAUCUCAUCUCCAAAGCUAA